AUGACGACACCACCACCAACAACAACAGAAAAUAAAAGUCGUGAUGAACUAUUUGAAAAGGCGAAGACAUUAAAUGAAGAAGAAAAAUGGGAUGAUGCAAUGGAACAACUAAAGGAAAUCGUUUCAAUGCAAGGCGGCGACAUGAAAAGCGCUGAAAUUGAAUUAAUGAACUGGGUGGUCUGCAGUAAAAUUACAAGUGCUGGUUUCGGAGAUGAGAAGAAAGAUGCAUGUAACGCAGCAUUAGAACUUAUUGAACCAAUCAAAGUAUGUCGAGAAGCCGAAUGGUUGAUUAAUUAUGAGGCGACAUUGUACGAGUGUUUUAGUAAGUUGAACAGCUGUGUUCGCGAUGAGGAGCGCGAGAAUGCGUGGUGUAAAUUAAAGGAAUGUUAUUUGGAAGUGUUGAAAGCAUCGCGUCGAGUGUGGAAGGAGAAGAAUCAACCUGAGCGUUUAGCGAUUUACGUUAAUUUAUCAAAGUUGUCGAAGUUUUAUUUGGAUGUGGCCGAUUUAGAGACCAUUGGCAUCUGUGAAGAGGCGGCCAAGGAAGCGAAAUUCAUUGGCAGAGGGAUACUGGAUGAUGAGCAAUUUCAAGACGCAUCUACGUACAUAAAUGAAAUUAAGAAAAAUAUCGCAGAUGCGCAAAAAGGAAAAGAGCACCUUAAAGAUGAUUAG